AUGUCGGAACUCACUUUUGCCAAAGCCUUCCUUUCCACUCUGGACUCCCGUCCCAUCAAGCUGCGUGCUGAUCAUGUCGUGGAUCCGCAGCAAGUUGGGCUGCAAGGACCAUACACUCUUCCCCGCCUCCGCGCCCCGCACCCGGAGAUGCCCAAGAAAGUCAAGCAGACCCAAGCACCAGGCUCGUCGAAAUCAAUUACCAUCCACGUGAAAUCUGCUCGCAAUCCCGUUCUCGAAUUCUCUUUGCCCAACUCUCCUCUCUCCACCACCACUGUGCAGGAUCUGAGGGAUGCUGUCCAACAGCGUGUUACCGAUACGCAAGGCAACCCCGUGGCGCUUGACAAGAUUAAGAUUCUCUGCAACAAGAAGCCUGUCGCUGGAACUAAUAAGACCAUCGCUGAGAUUCUGGCAGACGAGCCUGGGAUGCUGGUCGGGGGCAAAGAGGUCGAAUUUAAGGUGAUGAUCAUGGGAGGCGCCAAGACCAUUGAUGUAUCGGAGGCACAACCAGCAACAGAGGCACGGGAUGUCUCUCCGCCCAAGGCAGCAGUUGGACCGAGCGGUGAGGAGGUGGUGCGGACGGAGGCUUUCUGGAAUGACCUACAGGGCUUCCUGGAACAACGAUUGAAGGACGAGGAGGAAGCAAAGCGGUUAAGAGCACUAUUCAAAGAUGCAUGGGCCUCAAGCCAGUGA